CGCUCGCCCACGCGCACUCUUACGAUUUAUUUUCGCUUAGCGGAUUCUCGUGGCGAUCAUACUUUGCCGCAAUCUCGGCAAAAGAGUCACGAUCGAGCGCGCAAAAUGACGACUGCCGAUUUCGAAGAAAUUAUAGAUCAAUAGUUUUCGUGAAUUUUCGAUAAAAUUUGCGAAUUUAUACGUGUUUAUUGUAUGUUGAAAGUGUUAAAAAAAAAGAAUCUUUGUUACAAUUAAAUAUGGCAUGCCGAUAAUACGAUUUUACGUGACGUGUUGAAUGAGUUUGUGUUUUGAGUGAUGAAACCGCGAUCGUGAAAUACACAAGAUCAGAUUGAUAAAAUGCUCAUUCGGCAUAUAAAAAAAGAAUUGAUUAAUUAAUAGAUAUAUAUAUAUAAUAUAAAAAAAUGAUACAUUGAAUAAGUUAAAUCAAGCAAGAAUAAGUGUCAAUUAAAAAUAAAAAAUACAAAUAAGACUGAAAAUGGAUUAAGAGAAGAUCGAAGAAUAGUGGCCCCUGAGGACAAACCCUCAAUUACCAUAGGUCCCACAACUGCAUUCUUGAACGAAUUAUUAAUGCAUACGUCGAUGCCGGCAGCCACAGUCGCAGUAAAUUUAUGCGGUGAAGAUUCCGCGGAGGAGACAGGUGAAACUGUCAAUCAGAAGAAACGUGAUAUUUUGAGCACAUUUAAGAGAAGAGCCUGUAACCGAAUUAGCUUUAAGGGCGAAUCGGGUCCUCUACUAAGAUAUCGUCAAGCCAGAUUUAGUUCCAGAAGAGUUCGAAAAAGAGUUGUCUUUAAACACGGCGACUGUAAUGUUGUACAGGGAAAUGUCGCCAAACGACGUCGGCGUUAUCUUCAGGAUAUCUUUACAACGCUGGUAGAUGCGCAAUGGCGAUGGACGCUUUUAGUGUUUUCCAUGAAUUUUUUGUUAUCUUGGCUGGGCUUUGCCCUCAUAUGGUGGUUAAUCGCGUACAGUCAUGGAGAUCUUGAUUUCAACAAUUAUAAUAAUCACACUUUUAUUCCCUGUGUCGAGGAUAUACGCAGCUUCACCAGCUGUUUUCUCUUCUCUGUCGAGACGCAGCAUACAAUCGGAUACGGGGCAAAGCAUACGACAGAUGAAUGUCCCGAAGCAAUUUUUACAUUAUGCAUUCAAUCGAUGACUGGAGUGAUCCUUCAGGCCUUUAUGGUCGGCAUCGUGUUCGCCAAAUUAUCGCGUCCUAAAAAGCGCACACAAACUUUGCUCUUCUCGCGCAAUGCUGUCAUCUGUCAACGAGACGGCCAGCCUUGUCUGAUGUUUCGCGUCGGUGAUAUGCGCAAGAGCCACAUCAUCGAAGCCCACGUUCGCGCUCAGAUGAUCAAGAGAAAGAUUACGAAGGAAGGUGAAUUAUUGCCGUUCUUCCAGACGGAAUUGAAAGUGGGUGGCGACGGCGAGGAGGAUAAGAUCUUCUUUAUUUGGCCCACCACGAUUGUUCACAAGAUUGAUCGACAUUCGCCACUUUAUAGAAUAUCAGCCAGCGACAUGCUGCAAGAGCGGUUCGAGAUCGUCGUGAUGUUAGAAGGAGUGAUUGAAUCCACUGGUAUGACAACACAAGCGAGAAGCUCGUAUCUGCCAUCGGAGAUUUUGUGGGGUCAUCGAUUCCAAUCCAUCAUUUCCUUUCGCAAAGACACCGGCGAGUACGAGGUCAAUUACAGUCUUUUUAAUAACACGUAUGAGGUGGACACUCCACUCUGCUCCGCCGCCGAUCUCGAUCGUAUCCGAGCUAUACAUCGCAAUACAAAAGCUGAACGUCUUAAUUCAAAUGCGUUCCCGGAAUAUCGCGAUACUUCCAGCAGCAGUUCAUUAACUAUAACUUCUGGAUCGAGUUUAGAAUCUUCAACUGGCGGCUUACACAUGCAAGUACCGGCGACAACACCCGUGAAUCCGAUUCCGGUGCUAAUCACCGCACCAGAUGGUUCCUGUAGACGAGAGAGCAUCAACAUGCCCUCCGAUAUACCACAGUCACAUUUUUACGAGCAGAAUGAGAUGACAAAAGGGCAACACGAUAUCGAGAAUUCAAAGGAUCAAAAUUACGAUUGCGUUUUACAAAAUAUUAAUGCGUCUUUGUGGCAAAGCAAUGAACAAAAUGGGAAGGAAGACAGCAUGCAACAAAGUGAGUCGAAGACAACAUUAGAUUCGAGAGGAAGUGACAAAGCAAAUUCCAGAUCAAUCACAGAGGAAGAUGAAAAUGAUCCAAAGAAAUCAUCUUAUAGAAGCAGUCCGGAUAUUAGACAAAGGAGUUUUGUAGACUCUACAGAGAUGCAGUAUUCCAAUACAUUUAGAAGAGCCAGCUUGUGCGAUGAUUAUAAAAUCAAAAAUUUUUCCAAAAAGACAAGUUUUAAUAUCAACGACAAAACGCUCGCGAAACGUACUCAUUCCCAAAACACAAGUCCAACCAAGCAAACGUAGGAAACAGUUAUUUCGAAAAUCGAUGGAAAAUUAUGUUUUAUACGAAACUUCGAAAAAUAGCGGAAGAAAUCUUCUAAUAAUCUACAAAUAAUCCGAGAAAAAUUUAUUGUAUAUAUUGAUUAAAGACAUUUCUUAGAAAAUAACGAAGUGGAACACUUAGAAUUUCCCAUUUGGAUACACUAACACAGAGAAUCUAUAGAUCCGCAAAUCUAUAUAGGGUUAAUAAAGACUUUCAUGUGUCCUCGCGUGCCGUUGGGAUCUGUUUCCGGCAUGGGAGGAAACAUGCGGAGAGCAUGUGCGAAGCGAUGACAUUAAAAGAGAUUAUUUUAUACAUGUAAUAAUUCGAUAUCAUAUAUACAAAAUUGUAUUUAAAAUUUUAUGCGUUAAGUAUACAAAUAAUAGUUACAAAUAAUAUUAUAUAGAUAUAUUUUAUAGAUAUAGAGAUAUAGCUUGUGAUAUAGAUGUUAAAUACAUAAUGUAUUUUAAUAAUAUUAUAAGUAAUUUUGUUAUAAUAUAUAAUAGGUACAAGAUAAUAUAAUAAUU